AUGACACUGAUAAGAAAAGUUAAGAGGAACGUUUUACAAACUUUUAAAGAAUUAUAUAAGAAAGGGAAAAGUUUGAAUAUUCACAAGACUACUUUUUUAUGCCAAACAUAUGAAAAAAAUUGUUGGAGGAAAACAAGAAUGAGGGAAGAAAAGGUCUACUAUAAGAAAUACAAUUUUUUAAAACAUGCUUUCGAUGUGGUUAACUAUGGUAUUGAUAAUAAUUUAAAAUUUGAAGUUGACGAGAAAAGAAUUGUAGAAGAAAAUUCUUACAUACAUGAGGAAACAAAGCAAGAAUCAGAAAAAAAUAUGAAAAAUGAAGUAGCCAAUAUUGACCUAGAAAUAAAACAUAUAUUGAAGUCAUUAGAAGAUAUUAAUCAAAAGUAUAAUCAGAAUUAUAAAAAUGUUACAAGCUUAUAUUAUAGCAUUAUGGAUAAAAACUUUUCAUUGAAGAAGUAUGAAUUUUUUAAAAAAUAUAAUAAUUUAUACAACCCGACAGAUUUAACAAUAGUAUAUUACUAUAUAAAGAAAUUUAGAUUACUAACAAAUAAGAAGAAGGUUUUAACUAAUAAACUAAACAUAUUAAAAUCAAGAAAGAAUAUAUUUGAUAAGGUAAAUUACUCCUUUCCUGUUCAUAAAUUGGAGGAAAUGUUCUACGCGCACAGUAAAAAAAUUAAUGUCUUGUAA